AUGAGCAAUCCAAACCCCAGCAUUCUGGGGUCUGAGAACUACGGCCUGAUCGACUUCUUGCGCUAUUGGGCAUACGGCAACGUCCUGCAGUCGGGCCAUAGGCUACCUCGGCCGGGCAUUCGCAGAGUCAUAAAGCAGGCUACCAGUGGAGUAGAGCGCGUGUAUUACUCUGAUUUGCGCGGUGAUGGCUGUGACAUUCAAGGAUUGGAUUGGGACAGUAUGAACACAACUCGCAGCGCCGCCAGGGAGAUUCGUCGAUAUACUUAUAGGAACUACGUCAACCGGCCGGGUUCUGAUAUUCACGCCAAACAGUUGUCGUCCGAGGUGAGCCUUCCCACCACCGACAGCUUUUUCAGAUUCAGGAGAAUGGAUGUCCGGCGAGAUAUUAGCCUUGCCCAUUUCCAGCUUCGGAGCGUGCUUGGUUGUCCCACUCGGACGCAUGCAUACUAUCCUAGCGUGCAAGGCAUAAACAUGCUCAACACGUCAACCAAAAGGACGAGCCUGGCGAUGAACCUACGUCCGUUUUCUGGAACGUCGGCCCCCGCGAUAUCAACCCUGGAUGCCGGCUGUGGCGUCUUGAUGGCGGGUACCUUCAAUGGGGACUACUUCCUGCAGUCACUGACUGCCGAAGACAAGAAGAACUACUCGGAGGGACAAAUCUCCAACGAUGUUAGCGGCAUUACCAACCACAUCAAGAUAUACAAACCCAGGAGGUCUGACAGUCCUGCUGCCGCCAUCGCAAGCAAUGACCAGGGCUUCCGCCUCCUAGACAUUCAGACGCAAAAGUAUAUCUCCAAAUUUACGUAUCCUUUUGCCCUCAACUGCUCGGCCAUAUCACCAGAUGGUCGGCUGAGGGUCGUUGUAGGUGACGACCUGAAUGUCUUGAUCACUAGUGCGGAGACGGGAGAAAUCCUGCAGCAGCUGGGUGGCCACCGCGAUUACGGCUUUGCCUGUGACUGGUCGGACAACGGCUACCAUGUUGCCACCGGUUUCCAGGACAAGACUGUCAAGAUCUGGGACGCCCGCUACUGGCGCAAUGCCAAUGGCGUUAGCAAGCCGGUCUGCACGAUAGCGACGGAGAUGGCCGGUGUCCGAAACCUGCGCUUCUCUCCAUCUGGCAGCGGCCGGCCUAUUCUCGCCGCGGCAGAAGAGGCUGACUUCAUCAACCUGAUUGACGCCCAGACGUUCCGCUCCAAGCAAGUCAUCGACGUGUUCGGCGAGAUUGGAGGCGUGGCAUUCACCAAUGACGGACAGGACCUCAACGUUCUCUGCUGCGACGCCCACCGCGGCGGCCUGCUGCAGUUUGAGCGUUGUAGCUUUGGAGUUGACGAGCCUCUCACGGCGGGCUGCCAGCGGGUCCAGAAAGUGGAAGACGGCGCUUCAAAUCAAUGGGAUUUUGUGCAUCGGCGCCGGCCGCCAUUGUACAUGGACGGCCCCGGUGUGUUUUAAAGGACACCUUGCAAUCCAGCCAGUCAUGAAGUUAUGAUUCUACUUGCAUAUUGCUUUUCCUCUUGUUUUUGUCCCCCUCUUGCAUUCCCAUUCAAGCUCCCUUUUGGCAUGUACAUACCUUUGUCCUUUUCUCUCUACGCCAGUAAUGACCUCUCUCUCGUUUUUUAGCCCUCUUGCACUUUUUACUUCAUCGAGGCUUCAUCAUUCUGCUACCUCAUUCUUGCUUCCCAGAGACUGUAUCUUGUGCCUUUGCUCUUUGUGGCAUAUAUCGUCCAUUAUUUUUCAGUUUGGAACAUACCUUGGCCUUUUAUUGUUCUGCUUCUUCUUGUCCUUUGUCAAUAUGGUUUAGGGACUCGCGUUUAUCAUUUUCUGCUGGGUUCUCGCCAUGUUUGCUACUGCUGCAUGCCGCACUGCGAUGAAAAUUAGAGACUCGCUUCUGAGAGGACGGAAACCCCUUCCCAAAAAAAGAGAAAAAAGGAAGAAAGAGAAGAAAAAAAAAAGCAUAAAGUCGUGGAUUACCAAACAUGCCUACUUGGCCAAGACUGCAUUACUAUGGUAUUCGCAAUGCUCUUGUUGUUUUGCGCUUUGUCCUAUCUUCUUUCUGGGUAUGUACUGGGUCAAAUACACGAGAACACAUUUAAGGGAUAUAAGCCAUCUUUCUACUUUCUUCUUGUUCUUCCCCCCUUUUUUUUCAUCGUUUCCUUAUUUUGCAUGAGAAAAAAAAAUUGUUCUUCUCUUUUUUGUUAUCCCCUUCCCAGAUCAUUUUAUUUCGUGCUCGGUCAUAGGAAAGGAAGGUCACGUUUUAGGCUUCUAAGGUUCGGAUUUUGUAGCUUUUUAGGCUGGAAAAAGAAAAAACAAAAGGGAUGGAAACUGAAAAUACCGAGGCACAGUAGGGUUAUCUCUUUUUUUUUCUAUCUCUCUCUUUUUUUUUUUUUUACAUAAGAUAAAAAUGCUUUGAACGUUUU